AUGAAUACAGUACCUACUAUCAACACACCUUAUAGUGCUAUCAAAGAUAUCGAACUUUAUGAUUUCGUAAGAGAUCAAAAGGUUAUAUCGAAUUCGUUAUGGAAAGAUUCGGCAGCAUUGAUCCUAGUUGUUCGUCGUCCUGGUUGUGCAAUAUGUCGUAAUGAAGCUUUGAAAUUAGCCUCACACCGUGACUUAAUCACAGAAAAAUUGGCAAAGCAAAUCGAUAAUGAAGUGCAAGCUUUCAAUGAUGGUUUCUGGAAAGGUGACAUUUACAUAGACGAAGAAAAAGAAUUUUAUCGUGCACUCGGUGGAGGAGAACUGAAAUGGAGCGGGACAUCAAACUUUCUUCGAUCAUCUGUGUGGAAAAAAUACUUGAGUGGACGUAAAAUCGUCGGAGGUACUUUCAAAGGGCAAGGACGAAUUCUUGGUGGCUGUUACAUUGUAUAUCCUGGCUCAAAAGGCUUAGCGUUCGAGCAUCGGGAAAAAUACUUUGGUGAUUUUCCAGCAAUAGACGAACUAAUUGUCAAAUGCAAAGCAAUCUCGUCGAAUAAUCUCGAUAGUAAUACUGACACAUCUGUUAAACAAGCGGUCAUAGAUUCAAAAUUCUGUAGAUAUAAUCCAUUAGAAUCAGGACUUUGUGGAGGUGGCAUGUGUCCUGAUUACGAUUCGGAGGAUGAUGAAUGA